GACUGGCGACUCGCGAGGCGGGCGCGGACGCGCGGACCGGCCGACGGCCAGCCUGACGAGGGGCAUCGCCUCCAGCGGGACGCUCGCCGCACCCAGCACCAGGGCCUUCCCCGUGACGAGGGACACGUGACACGCGUGACGACGGCGUGACGGCGCUGUGACGAGAUGGACAGCGACGAGUUCCGCGUCCGCGGCGCGGAGAUGGUGGAGUACAUCUGCCGCUACCUGGAGCAGCUGCCCGAGCGGCGCGUCGUGCCCAGCGUGGAGCCCGGCUACCUCAAGCACGUCAUCCCCAAGGAGGCGCCCGAGCACGGCGAGAACUGGGACGACAUCAUGGCGGACGUGGAGAACAAGAUCAUGCCAGGGGUGACGCACUGGCAGCACCCCCGCUUCCACGCCUACUUCCCCGCCGGCAACUCCUUCCCCUCCAUCCUGGGCGACAUGCUCUCGGACGGCAUCGGCUGCAUCGGCUUUUCGUGGGCCGCAUGUCCCGCUCUAACUGAACUGGAGACGAUCGUCGUCGACUGGCUGGGAAAGGCCAUAGGAUUACCCAAAGACUUUUUAGCUCUAGCCGAAGGAAGCAAAGGAGGUGGCGUCAUACAGACGUCGGCCAGCGAGUGCGUGCUGGUGUGCAUGCUGGCGGCGCGCGCGCAGGCCAUCAAGCGCCUCAAGCUGCAGGAGCCCGGCGCCGAGGAGGGCGUGCUGCUGGGCCGCCUCAUGGCCUACUGCUCCAAGGAGUCGCACUCGUGCGUGGAGAAGGCCGCCAUGAUCAGCUUCGUGAAGCUGCGCAUCCUGGAGCCCGACCAGCGCUGCAGCCUGCGCGGCCCCACGCUGCGCCAGGCCAUGGAGGAGGACGAGGCGGCCGGCCUGGUGCCCUUCUUCGUGUCCACCACGCUGGGCACCACGUCGUGCUGCUCGUUCGACAACCUGAUGGAGAUCGGCCCCGUGUGCCGCCGCUUCCCCUGCGUCUGGCUGCACGUGGACGGCGCCUAUGCGGGCAACUCCUUCAUCUGCCCCGAGCUCAAGCCGCUGCUGGACGGCAUCCAGUACGCCGACUCGUUCAACACCAACCCCAACAAGUGGCUGCUCACGUCGUUCGACAUCUCGUGCCUGUGGGUGCGCGACCGCCUGCGCCUCACGUCCGCCCUGGUGGUGGACCCGCUGUACCUGCAGCACGGCUACUCCGAGUCCGCCAUCGACUACCGCCACUGGGGCGUGCCGCUGAGCCGCCGCUUCCGCGCGCUCAAGCUGUGGUUCGUGAUGCGCAGCUACGGCAUCGAGGGCCUGCGCCAGUACAUCCGCCACCACAUCAAGCUGGCCAAGAGCUUCGAGGCCAGGGUGCUCAAGGACCCCCGCUUCGAGGUGUGCAACGAGGUGAAGCUCGGCCUGGUCUGCUUCCGCCUCUGCGGCUCGGACCAGCUCAACAUGAAGCUGCUCAGCAACAUCAACGCGUCGGGCCGCCUGCACAUGGUGCCCGCCACCGUGCUGGACAAGUACAUCAUCCGGUUCUGCGUCACGGCCCAGAACGCCACCGAGGAGGACGUGGAACACGCCUGGCAGGUCAUCACGGAGGUGGCCUCCGUGCUGCUCGGCGAACAGAACGGGGAGCCUCAGGAGCAGUUGGACGACCGCAAGAGGCGGGAGACCCUGGCCUACAAGCGGUCCUUCUUCGUGCGCAUGGUGUCGGACCCCAAGAUCUACAACCCCAAGAUCGCCAAGGCCGUGCCGGGCGGCCGGCGCCACGUGUCCUCCGAGGCCGACAUCGAGGACAUCGAGGAGGUCGACAACGACGAGCCCGAGGUCGAGAGCGCCAGCAACGUCACCAUCCAGAAGCCCAUUGCGACUUGGAUCAGCUGGCCGCUCGAGUUCCUCUUCCAGGGCGUGUUCGACGAGGCGCACCACGCCGAGGUGCCGGUCAGGUUCCGCCACCUGGACACCAUGGUGCGGCUCAAGGCGCGCCGCGGCAGCUCCUCGCCGUCGCCGGAGAACGACCCGUCGCGCGACGACGCGGGCAGCGGCGGCAGCGGGGGUAGCGGCAGCGUGUCCCCGCAGCAGCAGGUGCCUCCGUCCGUGUUCGCGGCCGCCGCGCCGUUGCCGCCGUCGGCGUCCUCCCCGCGGCGGUCGCCCGCCUUCCCGAGGAAGCUGCACUUCGGCCGCUCCGCCGCCGCGCCGCAGGAGGACAAGCAGGACAAGCAGGACAAGGGCGGCACGAGUCGGUCGGGCCGCGGCUCGGCGCCGUAG